UUCAGCGGAGAACGACGUAGUUCAGAGUGUCUGGGGGAAAAUUCCUUUGAUAAAUUAUAGUUCUAAGGUUUUUAAAUGUUUCAUAACAUAUUUUUUUCUUUUCGUAUUGUUUUUAUUUGUACCAGUUUGUCUAACGGUAAAGGAAGUAGAUAUAAGUCUCAAGAUCAAGUUCAAGAUGUUUUAUUGUGUUCAAAUGCAUGCUGCUGCAACUGACCUUUUAUUUCUCGAUUUGUCGUACGUCAAAGGACCCACUUUCUUAACGUCAUGUGUUUUGUCGAAAAAUUUAUUUCGUAUAUUUCUGAAAUUAUCUGUUUUCGAAAAAAUAUAUGAAAAUUUGCAUUUCCUAUUGUUGGGCAGAGCCAGAAGUAAUUUGCUUGAUAAUGCUGUUACUUGAAUUUUGCAAGGAUGAAAUGAAUAGAGCAUUACUUACAAGUUCAUUGAAGUUUUUUAAGAACAUGUUUUAUGAUUAAGUUACAUUGAAUUUUCAAACUGGGCAGAAAUAUAAAAUUUACUUUCAGUUAGUAAAUGUCGUACUUGCCAGACCCAAUUCUUUGUUACUUACUUACUUAGUCCUCAUUAUGUCUAGAGCACAUAAUGCCUUCACUGAGGAUCUCCAUUUCUGCAUGUCUGCUGACAUCUGCUGUACCAUGCCCCAAGGUCAUCCCUGAUCUUUCAUCUUCUCCACUGACGUCCGCCAUGUUUCCUUGGCUGACCUCUUUUUCUUUUUCCAGGUGGAGUCUAUCUUAAGGCUAUCCUUCAUAUUUCUAAUAUUUCCUUUCUCAGGAUAUGGCCAAUCCACUUCCAUCGUUUUUUUCUUUUAUCUGGUCAGAUAUGUCAGCUGUUUGAGUUGUUUUGAAUAGCUCUUUGUUGCUGACUUGUUUGGCUAGAAUAUCUUGAGGAUCCUUCGGAGGCAUCUUGUUUGGAAGGUGUCUAGUUUUUGUAUGAUCCUUUGUGGUAAAUGUAUAUUGAAAUGCACCUGAAACAGAACAAGAAUGCUUUUAUUCUCUUCCUCUCUGACUUUUGGUCAGUCAGAUGUAAACAUUUUACAUGUAUUUUUUCCUUUCAUUGCAUAUGAUUUACAAGGGACCUAUGAUGGUAUAUAUGCCCCAAAUCUUUUGCUCAUUAUUUGGAGUUUUUUUUUGUUUACUGCAUUUAACAAUGUUUCAGGAUUCCUUCCUGAUUUGCUUAACUUUUGGAGUGAAAUGUAAGCCCUGGCAAGCUACAGAUUUGGUGUUGAUGUCAUCAAGUGACCGGUUUUGGGAAUGUCUUUGGACUACUGUACCUUCUGUCUGUUUUCUGUGUCUCUGUCAUUCUCUUUCUUUCAGAGUCUUCAACUCUCUUUUUCAUUCAUGCACUAAGAAAAGUAUGUGUGCUUGUAUGUCUCUCUGUGUAAAGCCUUAAGUUUUUUUUUUCCAUACCAAGUUUUGUGUUUUUAUUUGGUCUACCAUAUGUUUAAUUCUUAAUUUGGAUCUUUGGACAUUGUUUUUUGUUUCUGACUGUGUUGGUUGAGUUUUUUGCCUUGUCAUAUAUCUCAAAUGCAGCAGUGAUUUGGGAAGAAGUUUGGAAAGUUAUUAAUAUGGGGGGUGGAUGCAGAUUUGUGGAAGAAAAAUUAACAUGUGGCAGUCCAACAGAUGUUUUCUGAGGGAUCUUCAUUUGUUUUUUAUUCUCAUGAUCUCAAUUUAUUGACUUGCAUACAGGAGGAAAAGAAAUUUAGAAAGCAAUGAAAAAUGUCAGCUUUUGGAAAUGACUGUCAUUUCUUCUACAAUGCCGCUUGCAUAAAGGGAGACUCCUGUCCAUUUAGACAUUGUGAAGCUGCCAAAGCUACAGACAUUACCUGCACAUUUUGGAGACAGAAAACAUGCACGAAACCUAACUGUCCAUUUAGACACUCAGAAGGAGUAAUACAGAAUAAAAACAGAGCAGAAAUUCCUUGCUACUGGGAAACUCAGCCUGUUGGAUGCACCAAAACAGCCUGUCCAUUUAAACACCAGAAUGCUAGAUCAGAGACCCCAGUGACAUCUGAUGAAGUAUCAACACCUGAUGUAGAUGCUCCCCCAAGUCCUGUGGUGGAGGUUCAACCAGUUGUAGUCAACCUUGCAGAGGAUUCCGAUGUUGAAAUGACAUCUCCUGUGAAAACAUUGGCUAUGGAGAGGAAAGCAGUUCCUAUGAAGGCUGUGAAACAGUUGAUCACAGCCCCUCGUUCUGAGACAGCCAUACAAAAACACAGACCUAGCAUACACAGUAGGCUAAAUGCUCGUGGACCAAGUCCAGUGAGCAGGACUUUGGUGAAAGAGAGGCUGAAGAUGGGGACCCCUGAUACAAGUCAGCCGAAUUCUGUGAAGGCCCGACUAGGGGUAAACAAACCAGAUACCUCUAUCAAAAACAGACUGGGUGUCCAGCAACAGAUGGAAAAUUCUGAGAAAUCAAAUGCAGAUGAUGCAGGUGAAGAUGGUGCUCUGGAAGUGAAAUCACUGGAACAGAUUCAAAGAGACAAAGCCCUUCGGUCCAUGGGACUGAUAGAGCUAAAAGGGGGAAAAAUCAUGAAAAUAGCUGACUGGGAAAGGGAGCAAAAGGGGCACAAUUCAUCCCAACAAAGUGAAGAAGAGGAAGAGGAGAAUGAGGAAAAUAAUAAAGAGACAGAUGAAGAAGAUGAGAGCUCCGGAGAAGAUGAAAAAGAAGAAGAGGAGGAGGAAGAAGAGGAAGAAGAUGAUUUGGAGGAACCAGAGGAAAUAGAGUUGUUUGCUCCAGAUGAACCAGAGCAUGAAGAAGACACCAGGACCUUUGUUUCCACAGGGGAUACCAAGAAGAUAGUGGCCAAAUCGAAAUCAGAAAGUAAAAUUGUCACCAAAAAUGAAGAAGAAACAAGAGGAGGUAGAAGAAUAGUUGUUGAAGAUAGCAAUCCAGUGGAUGAUAGCACACCAGAUAUAAAAGUCAGUUUAAAGCGAAGAUUAGGGGGAAGAGUUACGGAGGUUCCCAGGGAGCCUAUUAAGUCUGUGGGCAAGACCUCAAUCAAAAAGAGGCUGACCAUGCCCAUAGGCAGUUCUAACCAAGGCACCAUAAAAACUGUCACAGGCAUUAAAAGCCGUCUUGGAACAGCCAGUAAUGAGACUGCUACAUUGGAUGCUCGUCAGAAAUUGAAGCCGAGGCAGACUGUCACUCUGAAGAAUACUGGUUUAACAGGCAUAACACUGUCUACAUCUAGGGAAUCAAACGAGGAAAGCAAGGAGGCCAAGGAAAGAUUGGAGAAUCCCCCGGUCAGAAAAAGGGGUUGGAGGAAGACAACAAAGGUGACAGUAGACGGGUCAGACACUGAUGGUAGCCGACCAGUCACGCCUGAUCAAUCUCUGUCAGUUCACUCAUCACCAGAGAAGUCAACCGUGACAGAGGAAGGUGUCAGUCAAGUAAUGAAGAGACAGAAGAAGGAGGAAGAUGGAGGUGCCAAACUCCAGAACAUGUUGACACAGAGAAUGAGGAACAACAGUGUGUGGAGCAAUAGGAACGCUCCAAAGUCAAGAGGAGCCGGAGAAACUCUUGACAGUUUAGGAAUUGGUAUCAUUGAUAUAAAAGGUGGAAAAGUUGUUAAAAUUGGCAAAAAUAAAAAGGAAGAAAACAAAGAAACCAAAAGGGAGGACAAAUUAUUGGCCCAGAUUGAAAAACUAUCAAAAGUCUCAAAAAGAGAGACUAAAGAAAGAAAGGUGUAUAUACCUCCAGCCCUGAAGAAAGCUGGUAUCGAUGUCCCAGAUGCUGUCAAAUCACGGGGAAGUGUAGACAACUCAGAGAUAGAUGCUGAUGAAGACAGUCAAGAUGAUCCAAAGGUGAUGACGUUCUCAGAAAUUAUGGCUGCCAAACGCCAAAGACAGAAACGUCUUGCAGAAAAAAGGAACGCUGAUGUAGCCAGAAAAAAAUCAAAAGAUACCUUAGAACUGCCACAGGAAGACUUUGAAGACAGCAAUGAGGCACCAGCAGAUGUGCUCAAAAUAGCUCAAAUGAUCACUGGCUCUUUGGAUGAUACUGCAACGUCAGAGGAGUCUCGGCAUCAUCAUCGUAGUAAAAAGAAGUCUAAGUGGAGGAAAAAGAGGAAAGCAUCCAAAGAAAAGAAAGACCAUCAGCAAAGUGAUACAGAGAAAGAUAGUGCUCAAGAUAGGUUAAAAACAGUGGAUAAGGUUUUAUCCGAAGACUCCCAGAAUUCCAGUUUUGUGAGUUCCAAGAAUCCUCUGGAAUCUGAUUCAAAGAGGAUAAAUCAACAAAAACCAGAGACAGUGGAAGAUAAAAUGUCAGACAAAGAAGAUAUAAGUCCUACUAAGAAGAAGGUGGAACAACUUUUGUCGGAUAGCUGGUUUGAUCUUGAUGUGGAUAACAUCGAAGGAGAGACUGGAUCCCAAGAUGAGGACGAUCUUCUUCGAGAAAUUGAUGAACUUUUGGCAUAAUUAUUAAGAUCCCAGUGCCAUGUUUUCUCAACUUCAUGUUACAUUAAUUACCCAUUAUUUACGAAUGAAUUUGCAUUUUCAGUUUACAUAACAUGCAAAAGAUUUCAUGCAUAUGUUUCUCACAGUUGUUGCAUUUUGUCGUAAUUAAGACUUUAAAGACUUUUUGUUCUAGCUGUAGUAAACAUUAUUAUGUUAUUGAUUUGUUUUCAUUUAUGAACUCUGCUCAUUAUUAUACAAUACCAGUGAUCAUGGUUGUCAUUAAAUGUAGACUUUUAUAAAAUAAAUUAAUAUAUCAAUAAAAA